AGGAAUCGAGGAAACUAGCAUCUGAGGGGCUAGACGUUGUUGAAAUUUGUUGGGAGAAAUUGCUCAGGAAAUCUUCCGUAAUUUUUAGUGUAAUUUAACUGUUUAAAAAUCAUUUUUUCAUUAUGAAAUCAGUUUUUAUUGGAUGGGCUACUUUAGUCUUUGACGCAUAUCUUUUUGACCUAUUCUACGAACUGUAUAAAACUGCAGAAACAUGUCUAAAAUCGUUAAGGGAAGCUCAAAGUUUUGAAAUUAAUUCGGAGUUACCCGAAAAAAUAAAAAGCUGUGGCGGAGUUGUCCCGUAUGCUGUUGUGUCAGGAAAUGUAAAAGCUCUUUCAGCAUCUCUAAAAAGUCAGUAUUUUUCAUCAGUACGAGGAGUUAUAAGACAAAACAAAAUGCUGAACCUGUCAGAAUGGACGCUCAUGUGGAAUUGAAGGCAGUGACCAUACAGGACGGAGGUUUUGCAUCGG